AUGCCUCGAUUUGAUGAUUCUGACUUUGUCGUGGACAGUCGUCCCGACAUCACCAGCAAUCCUCGAAAUCUACCAAUCCCUAGUGAUGGCAGUAAUACUAUUGAGAUCCCAUCAUCUCGCAGCGCCAUCAGUGAUGCCGCAGCUCUCAUGCACAACCUCAGCCUGUCGCCCUCCAUGAAGGAGCGAAGGAGUUCACGCAACUCCUUUGGCACAUCUUUGCCCAUUCCUCGCUCACCGCGCCUGUCUCGUCUUUCUUCUUACAAGACAGAUCGUCCCGCGGUCGCGCGGGACAUCAUGACCUCGCAGGUCCAGGACAUGUUCAAGGAGAAAGUUGAAACUGCCAAGAACAUGGCUUUUGCCUUUGACAUUGACGGUGUGCUGGCACACGGACCUGAACCCAUUGAAGAGGCCAAGGAGGCAUUGAAGAUCCUGAACGGUGAAAACGAGCUGGGUAUUAAGAUUCCUUACAUCCUGUUGACCAACGGUGGUGGUAAGACAGAGGUGGCUCGCUGUGAGCAGCUCUCAAAGAUGCUCGAGGCCCCCAUCUCUACCGAGCAGUUCAUCCAAUCCCACACUCCUAUGCAAGCUCUAUCAGAGUACUACGAGACUGUUCUCGUAUGCGGUGGUGAGGGCUACAAGGUCCGCGAAGUUGCGGAGACCUACGGCUUCAAGAACGUCGUCCACCCCAAGGACAUUCUUGCCUGGGACCCGACUGUGUCGCCGUGGCGCACCUUCACGGAGGAAGACCGCAUCAACGCCAAGCCUCGUGAUUUCUCCAAGAUGAAAUUCGACGCUAUCCUCGUCUUCGCUGACUCCUACGACUAUGCCACAGACUUCCAGAUCAUUAUGGAUCUAUUGCUGUCUGAGGAUGGCAAGCUCCUUACUCGCGCCAAGGACCCCGUCGCCAGCCGUAUUCCCAUCUACUUCUCCCAAGGUGACUUGGUAUUCCCUACCAACCACAAGGGCCCUCCCCGUCUGACCCAAGGUGCAUUCCGAAUCGCCAUUGAAGCCCAGUACAAGGCUCUGACUGGCUGUGAGCUUGAGCGUGUUGUCUACGGCAAGCCUGAGCGCGCCACCUACACCUACGCCGAUGAGGUCCUCAAGCACUGGAUGGAGGAGAUCCACACUGAGAACCGCCUCCCCAGUAACGUCUACAUGGUUGGUGACAACCCACAGUCCGACAUCAUCGGUGGUAACAUGUACGGCUGGAACACCUGCCUGGUCCGCACUGGUGUCUUCCAAGGCAAGAAGGGCGAGAACGAUCCCAACAACCCUGCCAGCUUCGGUGUCUUCGACAAUGUUCUCGAUGCUGUUCAGGCUGCCAUCCGCAAGGAGCUUGGACAUGACUUCAAGCUCAAGUGGAACCCCAAGGUCAACCCUGUUCUUCACGGUGACGAGAACAGCGCUGCUAUCGAGUAG